CACGCCGGCCAAAAAUUUUCCGGCGGCGUGUUCGUCGGCCGACCGAAAAAAAUUUGCGGCCGUGGCGUCGCCGGGCCGAAAGAAUUUUUCGGCCGGCCGUCGUCCCGGCCACAAAUUUUUUUCGGCUCGGCGACGUUCGGGCCGCAAUUUUUUUUCGAUUUAUGAACGAAUGUCGGGUCACCAUGCAACGCUGCUGAGCCUAGCCAAAUUGAGCUUCAACGUUCUGCAAAACAUGUACCAAGGCGAGCUAAGAGCUCUCACCGAGUACUGGAUAGAUUUGGAUUUCGCUAGGAGGCUUCACUAUGGGAGAGAUAAGCUAGUGGAGGCUUACAUAUGGGGAGUUGGAAGUUUGUGGGAGCCAAAAUUUGCAUUGGCUAGAACAAGCAUUACCAAAAUUGCUGCACUUGGAACAUUUCUGGACGACACAUAUGAUGCAUAUGGCACCAUUGAGGAGCUGGAGCUGCUCACAACCGCCAUUGAAAGGUGGGAUCCAGGCAUGGAAAAAUUGAAUGGAAAAAUGAGAUUCCUUUUCGAGGCGAUUGCUGCUUUCUACGAUGAAAUUGACACAAUCACUUCAAAAGAAGGACGGCCAUAUUGUUCAGAAUAUGGGAAAAUGGCGCUUAGAUAUGUUGUGAGGUUAUACCUGACAGAAGUGAGAGGCCGUGGAAAAGCCAAACUGCAAACCUUUGAGGAAUAUCGGAAAGUUUCUUCGCAAAGCACUUGUUACAUUUGGAUGAUAUGUGCGGCACUCUUCGGAUACGGUGAGCUGGCUCCAAGAAAUGUUUUCGAUUGGCUGUUCACAGAACCCAAAAUUUUACUAGCUUCCUCGGAUCAUUGUCGUCUUAUGGAUGACAUCGUAACCCACCAGUUUGAGCGAGAGAGGGGACACAUCGCUUCAUCAGUAGAAUGUUACAUGAUACAAUAUGGUGUGUCGAGAGAGGAAGCCGUGAAUGUGUUGAAGGAAAUGGUGGAGGAGGACUGGAAGAUUGUAAACCAGGAAUUGCUUCAUCCAUCACCCUGUAAGAUCACUCAUGUGGUAUCUCACAAGGAAGUUCUUUCAAUAUUUCUCGGCUUUGAAAAAGUGAUGGACGUUCUCUACAAAUACUCGGAUGCCUACACAAAUUCUACCGAUGGCACCAAAGAUAUGCUCACUACUUUGCUUGUCACUCCCCUUCCUAUUUCAUCAUCGGAACCGAAUUGUCCUUUUUACAUAACUGUAUGUGUGUGUGUGAUCAUCUUGUGAGUUUCUAUGGUUUCAUUGCUCUCAAGCUAGCUUGUUUUCAAGGGACCCAACUGCUGAUGCAUAUGCUAGCCUAUUAUGUAUCUUUUUUAAGCUUGGUUAUCUACGCAAACAAUUGCUUGCCACUACUACAAAAGUUGCAUUUUGUGACCAUUUUUCAUGCAACCAAAAUUCUUUUGGUAGGCAAAGACCAAAUAUUUGUGGCCAAUUACACUGUGGCAAUACAAAGUGUGAUGAAUU